ACAAUAAUACUGCUUUCUGCUCCACAAGUUCGAACUUUAAAACAAGUUCGCAUAUGUAAUGAACAAUGACACUUUAUAUAAUGCUGAAUAAUUUCAAUUUAGGGAGAAAUUUAUUUAGCGUUUUGCUUAUUUUCUUCAGUUUAAUUAAUGGAGAGACUGUUAAUAAACUAUUCCGUCUCGUGCCUUUGUUUGCUGACUUAAAACCGACAGAUCCUCCACUGUUGUCGUGUGACGUCGUGGACGUGGUACAGUGUGCGAGACAGUGUCGCAAUUUUCCCGCGUGUUUCGGCUUAAUCUACGACGACAACGCCAGUCUGUGUUCAUUGUACGACGUCAGCUUCAACACGCUGUCGUUUAAACAGCAACAUGGGGUACAAGCUUACGCACUUUUAUCAGGCGUUACGUCCGACUGCUAUGACGUCAUGAUGAAUGGAGGAGCGACCAAUGGCGUUUACGCGAUUUUACCACGUGACAAUGGUCCUCCAAUCAAUGUUUCUUGUGAAAACGACUCCAUCAAUGGAGGCUGGUUGGUUAUCCAGCGACGGACUGACGGGUCGGAGAAUUUCUACAGAACUUGGAAUGACUACAGGGACGGGUUUGGAGAUUUCAAUAACGAGUUCUGGCUAGGAAAUACAAACAUCUAUCGUAUAACCAACCAGGGUCACUAUGAUCUGAGAAUUGACUUGGAAGACUUUGACGGAAGCACUAGGUACGCUAUGUUCAAUAACUUCUACCUGGCGUCAGAGCAAGACCUCUUCCGGUUGGAAAUAGGAACGUACACAGGAACCGCUGGCGAUGGUCUGAGAUACCACAGCGGCUACAAUUUCUCAACGUCCGACCGCGAUUCCGACACAGCACCGGCCAGCAACUGCGCGCAGGUCUGUAAAGGAGCAUGGUGGUACGGGAGCUGCCAUCUUUCCAACCUGAACGGCCUCUACCUGAAGGGAGACCACUCUCCGUACGCAUACGGCAUGAGCUGGACGCCGUGGAAGGGUCCGCAUUACUCGCUGAAGAAAUCGGUCAUGAAGAUCCGUCCCAGCCCCAGGGUCGUUUGAUGACGUCACUGACACGGUUGUUUGUUUUUGUUUAACGGCGCCACUAGAUCACAUUGAUUUACUAAUCAUUGGCUAUCGGAUGUCAAACAUCCGAUAAUUGUGACAUAGUCAGAGAG